UAAAUCGCGGGAAAGAGAAAAAAUGGCGGCCGAUGGGGCAAGGAGCUGUGAGUGUGACUGCACAUUGUGUCUGUGCCCCCCUAGCAGCACAGGCGACUCCGCUUGACUGAUUGCUCUGUGAAAGGACUUUUGUCGAUCAAGGGGAAGCGGCACUUUCAUCAGAUUGACCACAGUGAAGUGGAAACGUGUGUGUGAGAGAGAGAGAGAGACAGACAGGCAGGCAGAGAGGCAUUAGGAGGAACUGAUGGAGAAAAGUACAUUGGAACCACAACGGAGAGAUGUUGGUGCUAUCUCCAAAUGCAUCCAGAAGAAUUCUAAUAAAUCCCUGCAAAAUGGAGCAGUGUAUAUGGAACAGGAUUGUGCAUUUUCUGAAGGGCAAUAUGUCUUAUCCAGAUGGACAGAUGGUUUGGUCUACCUGGGAAAAAUCAAGAAGGUGAACAAGCAUAAACACAGUUGCCUUUUAGUCUUUGAAGAUAAUUCUGAAUUUUGGAUUUUGUGGAAAGAUAUACAGCAUGCUGGUGUUCCUGGAGAAGAGCCGAGGUGUAACAUCUGCUCGGAGAAGGCAUCUGCACCACCGAAUGAAAUAUUGAUUUGUGGCAAGUGCGGGCUAGGUUACCAUCAGCAAUGCCACAAUCCCAAAGUAGAUAGCACAACAAAUGCAUCCACUUCACCUUGGUUUUGUCGGCAGUGUAUAUUUGCAUUGGCUGUCAGGAAAGGAGGUGCUUUGAAAAAGGGACCACUUGCUAAAGCUUUGCAGAGUGUGAAAAGAGUUUUGCCAUACAACAUGGAUGAACUUAGCUGGGAUUCUCUGCAUAGAACCAACCUACAGCAAUGUUACUGUUACUGUGGGGGACCUGGAGAGUGGUACCUGAAGAUGCUUCAGUGCUGCAGAUGUAAGCAGUGGUUCCAUGAAGCCUGUACCCAGUGUCUGAAUGAAGCCAUGAUGUUUGGAGACAGAUUUUAUUUGUUUGUCUGCUCAGUGUGCAAUAAAGGACCCGAAUAUAUAAAGCGCCUACCCCUUAGAUGGGUAGAUGUCGUGCACCUUGUUUUGUACAAUUUAGGGGUCCGUGGGAAAAAGAAAUACUUUGAUUUUGAAGAGGAAAUAUUAAUAUUUAUUAAUCAAAACUGGUUGAGCCUCCAGCUUGGAAAGCUGACAGAAACAACAGUGCUUGAAAGAAAACAGCAUCUCCUCAAUGCUUUAAACAGCUACAAAAGCCGGUUUAUCUGUGGUAAAGAAAUUAAAAAGAAAAAAUGUAUUUUCCGUCUCCGUACUCGAGUACCUCCAGUUCCUCCAAAUAUUAUUUUGCCAGAGAAUAUUGGCCAGUUGACUGAUAGUGCUUCCAACGAGAUCAAGAGAAGGGGGAAGAAUAUGUUGGUGUUUGCACCUAAGUAUGGUCCCCUACCAGAAGUGCCUCAACCUCGCAGGCGGAGGCUUCCAUUGAAGUGGGGGAUGAAAUGCAAGAAGUCAAACUGGUUUCUGCAGGAUGCUGUUCCAGAGAAUGACUUCUCAACCGCUGAAAGUGCCAGCUACCAUUUGGCGAACAUUUUUGACUUUACUGUAGAUGACAUUCAGAGUUUGAAAAGUGAUCGUUCUGAGGGAACCUUUUACUCUGACUUAGACUCGACAGAUGCAGCAAGUACAUCUGGCUCAGCCUCAACAAGUUUAUCCUGUGACUCUCUAAAGACUAUGGGGAGCCGUAAAAGGAAAGCACCAGUAGAGUAUUCACUGAGCAACAGAAACAAACAGAAGAAAGGCAUUUAUAGUCAUCCAGAGAAUGGAGUGGAUCAGACAGAACAAUCUGUGGAUAAUAAUUACAUUAAUGGCCACACCUUUGAAAGUAUGAGUGAUGAUGAAACCUCCCUUUCCCAUCUUAAGUCCUCGAUCACUAAUUACUUCGGUGCUGCAGGAAGGCUGGCUUGUGGUGAAAAGUUCCAGGUGCUUGCUCGGAGAGUGACUUUAGACAGAAAAGUGCAGUACCUGGUAGAAUGGGAAGGUGCCACUCCCUAUUGAAUUGAAUCACAAUUGGGACUCCAUUUAGUCUGCUUAGCAACAAGCAGACCAGAGCUGAGCAAGCCUCUAUAAACUGCCUCCUGAAGUUUUUUAAAAAAAAAUUACAAUAAACUACAGCAGAGUCACCUUAGUUUCCAGAAACAAACAUUCAAUUGAAGAUAUGAGAUCUUAUUAGGUGCCUGCUGUACUAAUAUAUUGUUUUUAUGAAUGGUACAGAUGAGGCUUUCUGUUACUGUUGAUAGUUAAAUUUUACAUAGUAAGUAUCUGGUUGAAGAACAUUUCCAGAACAUUCUAACUAUCCAGUGGCAAUGAAUGAGCGAUGCAAUCGUGGUAUCGAGCUGUGCACGUGAUUUGCUAUCUCUCAAGUCAGCAGCAAUGAAACUGUCUGUUUUGUUACAUCAAGAAAGUGGGGUUGAUGUAGAAAUUCAGUCAUGAUUGGAUUGAAUGACGAAGCAGGCUCGACAGCUGUUUAUUUUACUGCUGCUGCCAUUUCUUAACUACCAAUACUCAAUUUGGAUUGUUUUGCUGAUGUUGAUGUCAGUGGCUAAUGAGUUGGUUUGCCACCCUGAUAGUCUGUUGUAGAAUUAUGAUUAUAAAGGAGGUUUUAUGCAUUGGGAUGGACAUUAGGCAAUUCGGUUGCAAGUGACUGAAAAGUUAGGUUGAGAUGUGAAUGUUUUGAUUCUACAGAUUUAAGCGGCAACGUUUGAUGUUGCAGUGAGUGGAGAUUUGUGUCGUAGACUGAGAAUGUUUGGAAAAGUGGAAUUAAGCCUUCGCAAAGUUGAUUUUACGUAGGCUCCACUGAACUUGCUGCACUCUUAACUCCUUUUUAUUAAUACAUUUCCAUACACAUCUUUGGUUUAGAACUAUCCCAGCUCAUUAUGUAGCCAGUUGCUAUGUAACUGAUCAAACUACAAGUAGCUUUUGAAAGACUUUUGUAUUGUCCCAGGCCUCUACUGCUUACAUCUUCCUAUUAGCCAGCUUUGCUAAAAGUUUUAUUUUUGGCAAAAAGAAAACCUUGUUUAUUAGAUUGAAAUAUCUCGCUUCAGCGGAUGACGUGAUAUUUAGUUGAGUCUUGCUGCUCUGGAGUGCCCUGUGCCAGGGUACCAACAUGUUCCUUGUUGGGACAGGAAUUUCCAAAAUGGAGAAUAUAUAAAUUUUUAUGCUUGAGAGAAUGUGAAUGGACGGAUAUUUAAGCUGCUGCUCUUGCUGUGUGAGUGUCUUAUUUGUGUAGAAGUCACAUGCCUUGCAGUUUUUAAACUCUUUUUGAGAAAAGGCUUGACAUUCCUCUGCCAACAGUGUAAUUGUAAAGGGCUGAAACUUGUUUCUUUUCACUUCCAAGUUGCUAACUGUGACAUUGUGUGCAGGUCACACUGUGUUAGGUUAUUUCUUCUGUUGCCUUCCUUUGGUUGGGAAUUUAUUUUGUCACUUCACUUUUGUUCCUUCAAAGGUUUUGUUGGCAGGCACUUUAACUUGUGUGUUAGGUUUUGACAGACCUUGAGGAGCCAAGUCCAACUCUCCCAACUUUACCAAGUGUCCUGUAUCUCCACCAUUUGAAACAUUGAAAACAGUGUGGAGUCAUGUUAUAGCACUUCAAAUACUUCAGCUUACAAAACAAAGUAGACUCUGACUAAAACAAAGAUGUGGAGUGGGGAAACCAUUUUAAGCAAUCCAUCGUUUGGGAAACUGACAGGACUGUCAAUGAUCUUCCCUUUUCUAGGUGAGUUUCAGCAGGUUCUUUUAGUCAUAGAGUCAUGGAGAUGUACAGCACAGAAACAGACCAUUCAGUCCAACUGGUGCAUGCUGACCAGAUA